GUGGACUUGCGUGUCCUUCGAGACAUCCCAACAAGGAAAAGAAAACGACAGGAGCAAGGCGUGUCAACUGCUGAGGCAGCAGCUGUAGGCAGUGGAUUAGGAAAAAAGGAGGCCGAUAGGACGAAGCUGUUCCUAGAGGCCAAAACUAUUUUAAAUGCUUUAGAGAGCAAUACUUUGGCAGUACCUUGCUUGCAGAUAGACGGUCUGACCCUGCGGUUGUACAGCCUCCGUUUGGCAGGAAAAGGCUUGUAUGUGGGCGUUGCUGAAGGAGUCGCAACGUUCCCUGAUGUAAAAUAUAGGCUGAAAGACCUG